UAAGAUGGCAGCCCGUUAAAGAGUGCAUAUAUGCGUGUAGUUGUUUUGUGCAGUAAUUCUAUAGUUUUUUUCUUAACAAUAAUUUACAAAUAGUAAUCAUGGGUACAUCGGAUUUAGAAUGUUUAGAAUCUAAGAGAGACAUUGUCGGUGUUGAUUCUGAAUCUGACAUGUUGAUUGACCAAAGAAAGAAAAAGAAAAGAAAACAUAAGCACCAUAAGCAUAAAAAAGAUAAAUUAAUUGAAAGGGAAGAUGGAAGGAUAGAACGACAAGAAAGAAAAAGGCAUAAGAAGCAUAAACGACCUAAAAAAGAAAAAGAAGUUGAAAAUGGAUCAUUAGAUGAUAAAUCAUCUCGUGUGAUUCAAAAAGAUAUAGGUGUAAAUGGCAAAGUAAAAAAUUCUUUAUUAGAGGUGGUUUCUACAGAAGAAAGUGAAGAUGAAAAAUUAGUAGAUUUAGAUUCAGAUGAAGUAGAUUGUACAAUCAUUGAAGAUGAUAUCGAUCUUGAAGAGUUGAUGAAACAAAAGGAAAGGUUACAAGCAUGUUUAGUACAAUACCUCUCGGAUGAGUCUGAGAAAGAGGAGAAAGAACCAGACCAGGAUGAAGUAAAAGUUGCCGAAACACCUGAUGUCAUCCUUGUAGAAGAUGAUAGCGAGAAUGACAAUAUACCCCCUAAGAAACGAGCUAGGAGUAAAUCUGGUAGUAGAGAACGUAAAAAAAUAGUGAAACCUGAGAGACGGGUAGUAGUAGACAUGACCAGAGAUCGUAGAAGUCGGGAGGAGCAUAAAGAGAAACGAAGAGAUUCCGAUAGGAGGAGGGAUUCCGAUAAAGUUCGCACUAAGGAGGAAGUAAGAAGAGAGGACAGCAGAAAAGAUGAUAGGCAAGUACGAAAACCAAGCGAUAGGCACAGAGACGAUUCCCGAAAGGAAGAUAAUAAGAGAAGAUCAGAAGACGACAAACGUAAAGAUCCUGUUAAAAGAGAUGAGUCUCGUAAAAGAGAACAAGAUAAACGGGAAGAAGAUCGACGGCGAGAUUCAGAUCAUCACAACAAUUCUCGAUCCCGAACUGAACAUAAAUCGUUAGAUAAAUCCGAUAAGUCAAGACGGGAUAGUCGUGAUAGAUUAGAGAACCGAGAACGGCAAAGUAGUCGGGAUCGACAUGCUAGUAGAGACCGACAUGUGAGUCGGGAUAGGCAUGCAAGUAGAGAUCGGCAUGUCAGUCGGGAUAGACACGCCAGUCGUGAUCGUCAUGCCAGUAGAGACCGACCAGCAAGUCGCGAUCGUCGCAGUAGGGACAGACCUCCUAGCAGAGAUAGGCACAGUCGCGACAAAAGAGACAGUAGGGAACGUCAUACUAGUCGAGAACGACACAGAGAUAGUCGGGGAAGUCGCGACCGUAAUGACGUUCGACGGGACAGUCGGAAUCAUGAGAGAAUUAGGGACCGUUCAAGGAGUCCAAGAAGAUCUCGUAGCCCCCUUAGAAGUAGAUUAGACAGAGAUCGAAACGAUCGGUACAAACACUCUAGAUCGCUGUCUCGAAGUCGGAGAGACAGGGACAAACACGCUAGAGAUCACGAUAGGGAUAGAGAGAAAAAUGGUAAAAGGGAACGCGGUGAUAAGUACAAAGACUCUUUGUCGGAGGGACUUAAAGCAGAUCGUUCGGACACUUCGAGUGAAGAGGAUAUCAAAGACAUUGAUAUCGAAGAAGAAGAAGAUGAAGAAGCAAUCAUAGAACGUAGAAGAAAGCAGCGAGAGGCACUUCUCAAGAGGUUAGGUGGACCAAAUGAAGAUUCAAAUAUGUCUGCCGAUAUAAAUACUGUUCCUGCCACUCCGCCUUCAGAAAGUCAAUCAAACGUAUCACAGAAAUCCAUAGAAAUUCCAUCUAAUAAUAACGAAUCGACUUCAGAAAGUCAUACCCCACCACUGCCUGAGAAACCAAAGUCACCGUUAAUUAAACCAAGAAAAUCUAGAUUUGAGGAUCCACCGUCAGAAGAAGCAGAUAAAAUUGAAGACACAAAACCAGCAGAGAAAGUUAAGCAGGAUGAUAAACAAAAUGCAAAGAAAGCAAAUGAGUGGGACAUGUUUGCUGAGGCAGAUAACAUUGGUGAUUUUAAUAGCCCGACUGUCGAGGGGAAACGACAAGGUGGACCUGAUAAUCCUAGUUUAACAGAUAAUUGGGAUGAUGCGGAAGGAUAUUAUCGAGUACGAGUAGGUGAAACUUUAGAUUCUAGAUAUGUUGUGUAUGGAUAUACAGGCCAAGGUGUAUUUAGUAACGUUGUGAGAGCUAGAGACAGUGCUAGAGGCAAUUUGGAUGUUGCCGUAAAAAUAAUAAGGAACAAUGAAAUAAUGCAUAAGACUGGCCUUAAAGAAUUAGAAAUUCUUAGAAAACUAAACGAUGCGGAUCCAGAAGAUAGAUUUCAUUGUUUACGACUUUUUAGGCAUUUCUAUCACAAAAAUCAUUUAUGUAUGGUGUUCGAACCUUUAGCUAUGAAUUUAAGAGAGGUUUUAAAAAAGUACGGGAAAGAUGUUGGUUUACACGUAAAAGCGGUAAGAUCGUAUACCCAGCAACUUUUCCUUGCUCUGAAGUUAUUAAAACGUGCAAAUAUUCUGCAUGCUGACAUCAAACCGGAUAACAUUCUAGUCAGUGAAAGCAAGCUAGUAUUGAAAUUGUGCGAUUUCGGUUCAGCCUCCCAUGCUCAUGAAAAUGAAAUAGCACCGUAUCUUGUAUCAAGAUUUUACCGGGCUCCUGAGAUCAUUCUUGGUACGCCAUAUGAUUUCGGCAUUGACAUGUGGUCCGUGGGAUGCACCAUAUACGAAUUGUACACGGGAAAAAUAAUGUUCUCUGGGAAAACCAACAACCAGAUGUUGAAAUUCUUCAUGGACCUAAAAGGGAAAAUUCCUAAUAAGCUGAUUAGGAAAGGCACCUUCAAGGAUCUACAUUUUGACUCUAACUGCAAUUUCCUGUAUCAUGAAAUUGAUAAGGUCACUGAGCGGGCGAAAGUUGUAGUGAUGUCGACGAUACCCGCCACUCGUGACCUUGGUGCGGAAUUGGGAGGAAACUCUUUGCCACCUGAACAAAGUCGUAAAGUUGGACAAUUGAAGGAUCUAUUGGAGCGAACGUUGAUGUUGGACGCGGGAAAGAGAAUUACAGUGAACCACGCUCUGGCGCAUCCCUUUAUACAAGAAAAGAUCUAGGUAACCCUGUCCGGGGUCCUUCCACAUCGGAGAAUUCAUUGACGUAAUUUGCAAAAAAUGCUUGAAACGACACCGCUAACGAUUUGUUGUAUACUAUAAAAACAUACUAACAUAAGCGGUGUCUCCUUAUAUUGAAUGUCUUGUAUCCGUUUUAGCAGAAAGAGGCGGUGCAAAAGUUUCACGUUGUCACUAGCUCCGUCUAACAGAACGAAAAAAACAUUCUCCAGAUAAAUAAAAGAAUACAUACGUAUAAGGGAAACAAAUAAUUUGAAUCACACAUAUAACAUUGUACUCUAUCAAUCUGAACUGUAUUAUUUAAUGAAUGAUAACUAUUGCAGGUCAAUAGAGUGCAAUAUUUUUAUAUUAAUUAAAUAACCAGUACGAGCGAUGAAUAAAAAAAAGCUAAUAAUUUAAAAAAAAAAAAUGUUGGGAGUUCACCGAUGCAUUUAUCGACGAUCAAAAAACGACACAUGCAUGUUUGUACACAGCUCGAAAUAAUGUAGUGUAUCAGGGCGUAAAAAUCACUUAUUCGUGUAAUUUCAUUUUGAAAUUGAAUCCGCUUAAGAUUUGGUUUAUUUCUUCUCUUUCUUUAUGCACAGCAGCAAUAAGUAAUAAACCAACGACGAAUACUAAAAGAAGAGGCUUGCCGCAAUUACAUGGUAUAAUUCUUCCGUGGAUGAAAAUGAACUGGGGAUAAAUGUGACCGCCUCUUUCAGCAUGAACUGGCCAUCGAUACUUAGCAUAAAUAUGGUGGUACAUAGUAUUUUUUCUUUUUAUCUUUCAAUUCAAAUUGCGCGACUUCUUUAACGACUAAUUAAUCUCGUAUAAAUUAUUAUAUCAUAAAUCCAUUAAAUGGUAUGUUACGUUCGCGGCGAAGGAUUUCGUGUUUAUGGAAAUUGUAAAAAAAAUAAUGAACUUUAACGAAUUUUGAUCGUACGAUUCACGAACAAAUAUUUUUUUUUUGUUCUUCUUCUAUGUCGUCGCGAUGAUACGCACGGCAUCGAAGUCUAGUAACAAGGAAACUUGUACUGACAGAGAAGAAACAAAUUGUAUAAUGAGUCUUCGAUUCAAAGCAUCGUUAAGCGCGGGUGGACCUAUCAUGGGCAUUUAACGGCGAUCCCGUUGCAAGCCCUCCCUGUGAGGAGGGGAGACAAUGGAAGAGAUGAAAAAAGCUGUUGAUGGAAAACAAUGAUGAUGGAGAGAAUGGGGUGAUAUCUUCACGGCAGCAGAGCUUGACAACUGUAUAAAUAUGAUGCCCUAUCAGAAAGAAAGGAUCACCAAAUAUUUAAUUUAAAUUUGUAUCAACAGGAAGGUUUGUCUUAAGCUUUCAUUAAGAUUAAUAAAACCGUAAGUAUGUGUACAGGUAAGGUAUAUAUGUAAGAGUUACAAAUAUUUGUUCAAUUUAAACAUUUUAUUUAGUAUAUUCUUUAUGUAAGUUUAGGUAAUAUUAAAAAAUGACACAAUACUAAUAUUCGUGGCUUUCAGUUUUCAGAUCAUUAAAGACCAAUGUUUAAAAAUGAUUUUAAUGUAAUCAACAAAUAUUUAUGUAUGAAUAAUAUAAUGAUAUGAAAGUGUAAAUCAGGAAUGAUCAGGGGAAUAAAAAAAGACACGUUCUAAUAAUGAGAUAAUUAAAUUUAUUUUGUAUAAUAUUUGAAUAAAUGACAUAUUACAUUUGCA